CGUGCAUUUGAUCUUGUCAUGUGAUUAGUAAACAUCUGAGGGAUUUCACAAAGCUCCAUCUUGUGAGCUGAAUGGUUUAAAUUGAUACUGGAUAAAGGCAGUAGUUAAAAUGUCUGAAAAUGUUCACGACGUGAUGCUCUUUUUAAACGCAGUUGACAUUUUGGCCGCAUGGGGGUGCGACUCAGCGAUACGGAAACUCAUCAAAACGUGCUCGGGAAGUUUUGUAAAUGGGAAUGCAAAUGAACUGUAUACCAAUCGAGGAAAUAACGGCUAAAAAUUGAAACGUCUUCGGUCAUUUUGAUUUUAACAGUUACAGCACACGGACAGACAUGGUGGAUAACACUGAUUAUGCCUUUCCAGCGGGCGACGAAAGUGAUGGAAGUAGUGACGAAUGGGAUUUUGGAUGUAUUCGUAAUACCAAGAAACUAGACCCUGAGGCGACAUUAGCCCCUGAGGACAAUUUGUCUGUCCUGAAAAGGGCCAUCACAGCGGGGGACGUCGAUCUCGUGCGGAAGCUACUGGACAGUGGUAUGGACGUCGAGACACGUCUUGGCUUUGAGUGGACUCCUCUCAUGUGCGCUGUCCACGUCGGUCACUGCGAGCUGGCCGAGCUGCUGUUGGACCGUGGAGCCAGUGCUAACUUCAGCAGAGAUCAUUACACUGUGCUAAUGGCAGCUUGCACUGCAAAUUCUGCCACUGAAGCGAACAUCAGCAAAUGUGUGGCUCUACUGCUGAGUCGUAAUGCUGACCCAAAUAUCUACAGCAGGACUCGCAUGACUUGCCUCAUGCUGGCCGCCAGGAACGGUUACUCUCAGGUGAUAAAUCUGCUGGUGUCCCAUGGAGCCAAGCUGAACUCUCAGGAUGACAACGGCUACACGGCACUCAUGUCAGCUGUGCAAUACGGGCAUGAAGCUGCAGUUCUUAAACUACUACAGCUUGGAGCCGACAAGUCCAUUAAAAGCAAGUCCGGGAAUACAGCGGCUGACCUGGCCAAAUCACUCAAACACUUGCAGAUCUGCAGGAUUCUCGACUCUUCCAGUGUCUCCACUGUUAAUGGUGCACUGCCCUCCAAACCUGAAACAGUGUUUAAAUUCCUCAUCCGAAACCCUGAACCUCUAUCCAACUCAAUGGAGAGUUCUGCUAAACUAAGUGAUGUUGAACUACUACUGCACGGACUGAAUCUAGAGUACCUCUCUGACAUCAUGGUGGAUAAUGACAUCACCUGGAGCUACUUGUUGACAAUGGAAAAAGACGACUUAGAAAAGAUUGGAGUAACAGACGCUGAAGACCAAAAGAAGAUUCUUAAUGCAGUUCAGGAGAUUCACCUUGACAGAGUGAAUCUGGACACCUUGACCCGGCUUGACAACAUAGACAGUGGGAGUGAGGAGCUGUAUAACUUUCUUAUCAGCCUGAGGCAGCAGUGUUGUUACCUAACUGAGAUGGUGCAGGAUGUCAUCAGCAAGUUCCCCCGCAGCACCUCACAGCUUGUUCUGACAUGGGAUCCGAAGAAGGAGGCUCAGGCCAUAUGCACAGAGCUAGUGGCUCAGACUGGAGACCUGCAGAAAGAAUUGGUCUGUCUCAGGGACCUCCUCAGUAAGUUGGAUCCCAAUGAUUACACCUUCCAUCCUCCUCUGCCCAGUUCACACACCAGCAUGAGGACACGAGUUAUAAAGAAACUUGCAGUGGCUGUGCUUGGUGCAGGAAUACUGCUAUUGUUGUCCCAAGCAAGACACUUCAAAGCAUACCUCUGAGAAUUAUUCUGUUUUAAGUUUUGUUGCCAUCAGUGUUUCCAGUUUUUUCUUUUGUUAUUAUCUUGUUUUAUUAACUGCUUGUAAAUAGUUUUUCCCUAAAAGUUAAAAGUUGUUAAUGGUAUAUUAUGAUGGCUUGCUUUAUGUUGAAAAUGCAGCUGAUCAGGGAGAUCAUAAUGCUUUUUGUUCUGUAUAACCUUU